UUCAAAUCUGUUUCUUCUCUUGUGGUUGGAAGAAAAAGAAGCCGUGGUGGUGUUAUUACAAGUGAAAACUACCUACUUCCUGGUCUUCCUCCACUCCUCUUGCCUCCAUUCUUCGUCAUCUUCUGCAACUGCAUCCAUCCACAAGCAGUCGAUAUGUAAACCGUCUCAACGAACAUGAAAAAGUGGCGUCAUACAGUAAAAUGAUAUCACAUGAAAAUUAUGCGAUUUAUGACCUUCGACCUCGUCCUCACGGUUUGACGGCGUUGAUUCGGUGGUAAAAUUUCCUUUAAAAUUACAUCCAUUUGAAAAUCAUAUAUUUUUUACCUUUGACCUUGUCUACACGGUCAAGGGUAUGUUGGAGGUCAGAAAUAUUAACUUAAUUGAAUUCGUGGUGAAAUUUCCUUUAAAAUGGCACCACGGUAUGAAAAUUCUGUGCGGGGUGGUCCGAUUUAUCCCAUUAUCUAAAUCGACCCACAACUAAAAAUUAGAAGUACAAUAUCGAAAACGGCGUUUGAUUGUAUGUUGAGACGUUCUGGAAAUAUCCUGCUACAGACGGACUGACGCACAGACAGACGGACAAAACGAUCACAACAAGUGGCUGCAAUAAUAUACAUAUCUACUGCAGAAGGACUGACUACUACGGAAUGCUAUAUACUACUACAGAAUGCAGCUCUAGUUGUUCUCUUCUUUAACGAUCUUGACGCUGAGUGAUUCGAAAUACUUGGUGUGCACACAUUCUGCACUGCUCCAACAAGUGAAUGGUCUUAUUAGGCAUAUAUUUAUUGCAUCCAUCCACUUGCUCCAUCCUCAAUGUAUGCAACAGGUUUAGGACUCACUUAUGCAGUGGCUCAAAAUUGUAGAUUUAUCAAUUCAGUUGGCAAAAAGUAUUCUUGCACAUGCGACUCAUUCAUUCAAAGGAGUUGAAAUUGGAUUUUGACCACAAGUUACAAGGCAAUUCUAUUUUUGCGACAUUUCUCCUCCUUCUGCACGACUCUUGACAUUUUAGGAUACGACGAGGACGCCACGAGACACAGGGAGACCAGAACUCAGCGGUACAGGAAGUGCACAAGAUAUAAACAAUUGCUCUGAUACUGAACAAAAAUCUCAUUGUGGUUCCCUCAGAGGAAUAGUUUUGUUAAUUUAUCUCUGAAAGUUUUAAGAAUAAGCAGCAGCACAUGAAGUCAGUCUUCUCUAAAAUAGAGUAAAAUGUGAAGAAUGGGUGCUUUGCUUUGUGCCUAAUUCUAUAACGCCACAACUUUCGUGGAGAGAUUCGAUUUCUUAAUCGGGCCCCAAUUAUUGGAUGCUCAUGAGCUUACUAAAUAAGUAAAUUGUUGUUGUGGUGGAACGACGUGCUAAAUAAAUAAAUAUAUACCUACCAAAUAUAAUUUCAAAAGUAUACAUAUUUCAAAAAAUCUCAAAAUGUGGAACCGUGCCCAAAUCACGUCGUCGUGUUGCAUAAUACUCGUGGUGGUGUUUACCUCUGUUCAAAACAGUGGCAGUGUUAUGGUCGUGACGGGAAGCAAGUUGUUAUUAGACUGUCCAGGAAUGGAUGAGAAUCCCGUGAUAAGUGUAAAGGGAAGUGGAACUGGGGAUAAUUCGCCUUCGUCUUCAUCCUCGUCGUCAUCGUCCACCUCAACUCGUGGGGGAGGAGCAGGUUUUAGCUCUUCCGUGGAAGUUGGAGGUGAUAAAAGUGACGAAGCCUGGGACAGAUUCAGACCAAUGUUACUCAAGUGCAAGGCAGCAUAUCCCAUAACGUGGGAUUUUAUGGGUAGCAAGCCUCCAGACUUGUCCGUCGAAACCAUUGUCGAAGUGGACAAUGUCCUCACCCCGACGAAACGUUGUUUCUACUCGAAUCUCAAAGUUUUAGCGAGUGGCUACACUGGGAAGGAGAGCAGGACGGGAAAUUAUACUUGCAAAUCCUUUGACGGACAAAAGAAGGCUUCGAUUUAUCGUUUCGCACAUGAUGGAACGUCCAUUUUCAACACGAGGAAAACAAUGGAGGCGAAAGUUAUAGUGAGAGGGGGAGUGGCUCAAGUCUUUAUUCCUUGUACGGCAAAUAUACCUAAUCUUAACGCAACGGUGCUCCGAAUUCAGGAUGAGAACAAAAAUGUCACAUUUGUGUCAUUGGAUGCCAACUCGAUUGAGCAAAAGUAUGACCCAAAAGUUGGAUUUUUUCUCAGAAGUAAAAAUGUGACGGCACUUUCGGGAAAAUUUGUAUGCUCGGGGACGUAUAGGAAUGAAACGGAAGUUGUGGAAAUAACGGUGGCACCUCCAACGGAUUUCAUUGUCAGCCCCACAAAACAACAUCAAACGUUUAGAAAUUCCAGGAUUUCGGUGUCCUGUCGAGCAAACGAGCCAGUAGAAAUGAGACUAAACAACACAAAUGUCAAGGUGCAACAACACCUUCAGGAAUUAAUGUACAAAACGGAUAGUCUCAAAUAUGGGGCGAUGGGGGAGGUUUUUACUCAUCCGAAACAAGAGGUUCUCAAGGGAGAAAUCAGUUGUGUUAAGAAACUCACGGGAGAAGUUCUUUACACUUGGAAAUACGAUACGGAUUACAUGUGCACGUGUAACUGGACAUUGAAGCCAGAUUUAUUCAAAACGACGCGAUUUUUCUUCCUGCUGGACAGAACUCUUCGAGGUACGAUCCGAGCAUUUGGUCUCAACACGGAGGGCGACAGCUACUACAUGAACCUCCCAACUCCGAGGGGAGAACUUUCUUGUACCAGUCCAAAAAGUGCCAAAGUUAACAUGACCUACAUAGCGUGUGAGAAUCCGGUGGAAUGUCAGAUUAAAUCGGCUUUCUUAAACUGGUUCGACUUUGAUCAUCGAGCGUACGCAAUGGAAAGUGCAUUUAGCGAUGAAGAUGGCGAAGACGCUGCAAACCAAACCACCAUAAGUCAAGGGUAUAUUCGGUCCGGAAUUAUAAAAUGUGGCGUUGAAGAUUACAUAACGACGAAAAUUGCCAUUGCCAAUUUGGAUACGUUAUAUAUUGACUCGAUCCCUAUGAAAAACUUGGUGAGGAUCAUUGCACCAGAGAGCAAUGUAUUUGUGGGAGACAAAAUGCUGUUCACCUGCAUUUAUGAAAAGUUUCAAAUUGCUCGAGAAGCCAAGUUUGCGGUUCAAUAUAAGAAUGGGACUAUCAAUUUUCUAGAAAUUGAUAAGAUGGAUGAUCGCUACUCCUUCGACUUGGAAAAAUAUCAGAGAACGUCUUACAUCACUAUUGACAGUCCUGACAUAUCGUCACUUUUGUGCUUUGUACCCGUGUGGAACUCAACUCAAUGGAAAAACACUUCACUUCCGCUCAACGUUUCAACCGCAAGCCCUAUAACAAGCGAUUCUCCACUAAACUGUCCAACUGACUCAUCUCCAAUAAUCAUAUUACAACGAAAUUCAACAAUUUCAUCAAGAAGAGUUCGAGUUCCUCAUUUAGUUUCAAACACUACAAUUUCUCUGUACAAUCCUGUCAGUGAAAUACAACUAAUUUGCCGUGCUAAUUAUCCAAUUCAAUGGGUGUACAAUGACGUACCGCUCAACACUUCAAAAAUUGGGAAAGUCCCUUGCAGCCAGUCCAGCUCGAUGAAAAAGGUUUACGAAGCCAUUCUUCACAUCGACCCCUUGAAAAAAGAAGGUACCGGAAACUACUCGUGUCGAAAGACGUUCGCAGUCGUCCCUCAGAGUUACGUUUACGUCUAUGCUGUUGGAGAUGGGGACGCCACUUUUGUAAAUGAGGGAAGACACAUGCAAGUCGUGAAGCAUACGGAUGAUCCCAAUCAAAAAGUGAUUCUUCCAUGUCAAGUGUCCAAUCCUGAAGCCAAACCAUAUUUAUUUCUGGACCAUGAAGAUUCUGAAAAGAUUCAACGGUUGGAUUUCUCCGAGGAAUUGCAGUAUGAUCCGAGAAGUGGAUUCGAAUUGGAUUUAUCCCUGGCACCAGAACCAGUGACAACAUUUAUUUGCUCAAUGAGCUCGAACGCAAGUAGCUUCGGAGUUUUGAUCACGUUGAGAAAGCAGGAUGGAAUUUUUGCUGCUGGAGCGAGUGGUGGAAGUGGGUCAUACAAAGACAGCCAAAGUAACGGAAUGCUCAUCGGCGUCACCGUGAUUCUAUUGAUUCUAGUCAUAGUUUUAACUUCAGGAUUAUACCUCAUGUACAAAAAGUGUCAAGAGGCCACAUCGAAAACUGCGGAUGUUAGCCAAUUAGGAAAUACGACGGGAUUUUCAUCAUAUGACGAUGUCCGAAUACAGGCCGAUGACAGAGAAAACAUUGUUGGCGAUGGCACAUAUAAUCGAUUCAAUUAAGGUUUUGGCUAGUUCCUAUAUUUUUUGCAGUGACAGUGAAAAAGUCUUUCAUCUCGAAGAGAAGAAUAAUAUGCAACCAGAUUUAUUCUUCUAACAGAUUGUUGUGUGUGCUCUAAAUAAAAACAAAAUGUCAAAAAUUGAAUACAAA